GUUACGAGUGCCGGUAUAGCGGAGGCACACAGCCACGCAUUCAAUCGCGCCUACUCAUCACAAGUGGACACAUCCUUCCCCCAUCCCAGGUCGCCCAACUCCAACAAGGGACUCGCAGGCCGCUGAUUCCCUUGCCCUAUGGCACAUCCACUGAACAGCUCCGAUUCCAGCACAACUCUUGAGCAACGCGUCGGUCGGUGAGCACACCACAGCACUGUCAGGCAAGAUGAGCGGUGGCCAACCGGUCUGCAUGACAUGCAGCAAGAUCAUCUACAUCUCCCCUGUCUCUUCAGACGCAGCCCAAGCAUCUCCUUCGGCCAACACGGCGACUCUCAGAUCGGCUCCAUUCGUGCACUCGUGCUGCGGUCGCAAAGUGUGCUCUCAGUGCGUUCAUAGCAACGCUCGACUGGUCACCUUCUGUCCUUUGUGCGAGGAUGUCAAUACAGCAUUUAAAAAGGGACCGAGGGGAGAUGUGCUCAGAUCCGGUCAGACGCUGUUCGACCUGGACAGAGCUUUGAGAGAUGCUGGGGAUGAAGAUGAAGGCGCAAUCACCGUGUCGUCUCAAGAGAUCGACGAUGAUGAGAGUGUAGCAGAGACACACACUCUCUCUGACCCGCCACAGUACGCAUCCAAAGCGCCAAGCGUGUUUGCCAUUGGAGAAGAAGAUGACGGUGAAGAUUUCGCGCGACCUGCCAACACCGCAGCAAGCAAGCACUCGAAUCGUGCUGACGCGUGUGCCGGAUUCCUGCCAGAUCUCAUCUUUCGCCCGACUCGCAAUGCUCAGCCAUCCUUGGGCAUCAACACCACCAAAGCUAGCGGCUCAGCCAGCACUGUACCCGGUGCAGCUGCGACACGUCGAGACGCGCAAAGUUCCCCUGACCUUGGCACCGUUUUCGAGACCACACUCGCGCAAAAGCAGACCACAACAGACACCAGAACCCCGAUCCGCUCGAGCUUAGAUGAAGAGAGUGGCAAAGACGCGAGCACGCGGCAGUACUGGAUUCGUGUCAAUGACUCUUUGGCUUCUAUCAGUCUACGCUUCAACAUUUCCAUGAACGCCUUGAUCCUUCUAAACGAGCUUCCCGCUUCAAUAAAAUCCAACCCUUCUCUCUUGCACACGCGCAGUUUUCUACUUCUUCCGAACGCGGCAGUAGAGCAAGCGCUAGCUCGCGCCUCUUCCUCGGCCUCCGACCUGGCAUCGGCCCUCUCCGGUCCACCCAGGCUUUCUGCCGAGGUCAAGACUCGCAAUGCUCGUAGAGCAGCCGAGGGACGUUUCAGAUCUAGCAUCUUGCGCUCUCAGAGCAGCACCGCGCCAUUUGCAAGCGCCGCGAACGGUGGGAUGAGUGGAGAAACGCCUUGCGAUGAUAGGGCCGCCAGAGCUUAUAUAGCUUUGGAAGAAGAGGCGCUUUGCUGGAUCGACUUUGGCGAGGAGGCUGCUGGCGGGGCGAGUCCUCCCUCUGCACCUGAUCGAGAGCGAUUGCCUUCUUACGCGUCAGCAGCGCAGAGUGAAACGCCCCUACCGAACUUCAGCAAGUCUAAGGUGCAACACGGGAAAGCGCAGCACGUCGUUCGGUCGUCUGAUGCAGAAGCCGAAGAGGUCAGAGAAGCGUUGAUGGACUCUGCAAGGAGCGCUAGGUACGAUGCUGUGGUGCGCAAUGCUAUCGCUCGUUGGGAAGCGGAUAGCGAAUUUGAAAGGGCCAGUCGCGCGGCAGGUAUGGAUCCCACCGAUGUCUCUCGAAGAGCCCCUGUCAGCAAGCCAAAGAAGGAGAACAAAAGAAGCUGGUGGAACAGGACUUUUGCUUUGGGCGCUGCGGAUUCGAACGCUGCCUGUGCGCGCUCUAGUAUGGCGCAUCCUCCUCGAAGCGACCUGUAUGAACGAGCGAAAGCUUAGUCGAUGUUGUUCAUUGCGAUCUUCACGCACUUUAAAACGCUUAAACAUGUCUCUCUUCUCCAUCCAACAUCUCGUGUAUGCCCAAUAGACUCUGUAUCGUACAUUUCUACAUCCUCACAGCGGUUGGAAUCCGGACGUCUGC